UGGAAGAAAAAUGACAACCGUUUGUUGACAAUGUCUACUGGGGCAUUUUCAAUAGAUGACGCGUUUGAUUCGGAAGACGAUGAUAAGAUUCGACUAUAUGGGUCAACCAAGGAGACAGCUCCACUGAGGACAGGACCAAAAAUCCGCCCUCCAAAUGAUGAUGAUGAGCACUCCAAAAAGUCGUCAAGUUCAAAAGAAUCCAAAACGAGAGUUGCUGGGAACGCUAAGCUGACUACGACCCGUUCUACACAUUCCCUAUCCAGUACUUGGUCAGACGACACACGGGUAUCUACAAGGUCUUUCUCUGAUGGCAGCAGAUGGUGGCGGCACCCUAAGAUCAGGGACAACUGUAAGGUUGUGGCGGGCUCCAUUGCUCUCACUGUGAUUGGACUUGCACUUGUAGUCACUGGUGUUGCAAUAACCAUCUCUGAGCAGAGAGGAUGGCACAGCCUGGUUUUCUUCAUUGGUGGGUUCCUGUGUCUAAUACCAGGAGUGUACCAUGUGGUUUAUAUAUACCUGGCUGUGACACAGAGAGCCGGAUACAAUCUAUAUAACCUACCAGUGUUUAAAUAACCACGUGUCAAACCUUCAACAAGUCUUGAUGUGUUCAGCAUGGUCACAAAUCGGGGAAACAAUCAAAACCACACUGAUGUUGCCUUGCACAAGUCCUCACUCCAAUGACACAAUACUGCCUGUAUUACACGGAUAAAUGGUAAGACAUACAGACAUCUUCAAGCUGACUACAGUAUCUGCAUAUUCUAUGAUUUUCCAACUGUUUCUUAAAGAAAUGUUGUCCUCCAGAUUUGACAGACAUUGUGUUGUUGUUUUCACUAGAAAAAUCUUUUUAAGAGAUGAUUUUCUGGUACAUUGUAAUUUGUGAAAAUGUGAGAAAAAUGAGUCUGAAUCAAUGAAAUUCAUGGAUAUAUAUUGUCAGUCAAAAUGUUUUAGAAUCAAGUCAAUAUAUUUAAAUAUUGUAUAAAUAUAGUGGAUACAAACACAGCAGAAUAAUAUUACUGUAAUACGAUAUGAUCAAAUAAGAACACUGUUUGCUUAAAAACAUCAGAUCAGUACACUACAUAAAAGUUUAAUAGGGAAAUCUUAUUUCAAACUUGGUUUGAGAAAAAACACAAAAUAAUUCUAAGAAGUGAGAGAGCUUCUAUUGAUUUUCUGAAACAGAGUCUUUGGUUAAAAGACAGAAGAUUGUAUUGGCAGAUCAGUGAGUUAAGUAUAUAAAAAGAUUCAUUUUGCCAUAAAAAGGAAGGGGAGAGUAUAUAUGGUACUGCUCUUUAUAUCUGUUAUGUUUUCUGAUAUUUGUCUGAUCCAAAGAUG